UCCGCCGAAGAAAAACAAUGUCUGAUGUCGUUUUCUGAAGAGAUGUAGCGUCAUAUUAGGGCAUAAUCAUAAAGUAUAUUGUACAAUAUCUAAACAAACACUUCUGCGACUGACAUGCAAGUGUCAACAUCUGCAGCUGUCAGUGAGGCGAGAGGAAGAAGUGCUGAAGAUGUGGACAACUCAAAAACACACUUCAGAGUCUGUCGGUUUAUCAUUGAGUCUGGUACUUGCACUUUAUCUGACUAUUUGUUUUCUGUUCCAACACUGGAAUUGUGUGAAGUUAGACAUGAGAUCUGUGCCAAUGGCUACUGCAUGUGUACUGUAUCACAAGUUCUUCCAGUCUGCCAGUCUGCAGGUCUAUGAGCCUUAUCUAGUGGCCAUGUCCGCAAUCUACCUCGCAGGCAAAGUGGAAGAGCAACAUCUCAGGACAAGAGAUAUCAUCAAUGUCUGUCACAGGUAUUUUCAUCCAGAGAGUGAUCCACUAGAGUUAGAUGGGAAGUUCUGGGAGUUGAGGGACAGUAUAGUACGGUGUGAACUCCUCAUCCUCAGACAAUUGAACUUCCAAGUGUCAUUUGAGCAUCCACAGAAGUACCUGCUGCACUACCAGCUCUCUGUGAGGAGUCUUUUGAACCGCCAUGCUUGGUCUCGAACCCCUGUUGCUGAGACGGCCCUGGCCUUAUUAAAAGACAGUUACCAUGGCUCUGUGUGUGUCCAUCAUAAACCUCAACACCUUGCCCUCACCUCCCUUUACCUCGCUCUCCAGACAUAUGGAGUACAGCUCCCAAGAGGAGAGGUAGAGUGGUGGCAGGUUUUUUGUGCAGACAUUACCAAGCCUCAGAUUGAGACCAUCAUGAGUGAAUUACUGCAGCUUUAUGACAUGGAGGCCAAGUGUACCUGAGAGAAGCACAAAUAAAACGGUAUUAAAACACUGAUGUGGAAACCAACACACCCUGUCUUAGAUCUGAUAAUCUUAACACAAGCACUGGACCCUGCAUCUCUUGAUAUUUAACCAAACAAGCUCUACUAUUUAAUUACAUCAUAGAACAUGAAGAUUUAAAAAGGCUCUCCCAAGAAUGUCUUCCCAGUAGUGCUGUAUUUACUGGAGAACGAAUAGGAGAAUGUAGUUUUAUACGGGAAUAAGGUUUGGAUAUGUAAUUUAUAGCGUCAAUCAAUUGCCAGGCACCGACCUACUUUUUUCUUCCUACCUUGUGCUAUUUUUCCCUUGAAAAGAGGGGGAGAGAAGUUACAAAAGAGAUUAAAUGGCUGGUUGCAGGAAGAAUGAAACAAAAGAGGUGCCAGCCUGUCCUCAGAGCUUAAUUGUGACUUAAGGUAAAACAGCUCGAUCUGUGCCGUUUCUUUGAAAUUGUAUCAUUUAGUUACUCUUUUCCUCUUCCUUCUGAAAUUGUCCCAGUAGGUUUCUUUGUGUAACUGCCUAAAGCAGUAUUACUGUAUGAUGAAAGCAUGGUAUCACAAUUUUACUUGUCACCAGCCUUCUUUUUAAAACAUUUUGUCUGUUUCAGCGUAUUACUGUAAACUUUUAUAUCUUCCUAAUCAACCAUGUACAUAAACUGACAGAAAGGUUCUGUCUGAAGUCUAUAUUUAAAAUCUGUCAUUACAAUAAAAAUUGUUUGUACUAAUGCUUUUUGGAACAGCACCUGUAAAUAGUCUUUAUUUGUUAUUUUACAUCUGUGAUGUUCUACUUCAAAUUUCUGAGUCUAGUUAUGUCAGGACAUCGCUCUAGAGUGGAUCUUAAUAAGUUACUAUGGCAACUGCUGUUGUGGAGCGAGCCUUUGAAACAUACAAAUGUGAGACUCCAUUAUGGCACACCUGUCAGCCUUAGCACAUCAAAUAAUUGCGGUCUUGAAAAUGUACUAAUUUAGUCAUUAUUUACUAAAUCAGUCAUUGCUAACAUGUUAAACAGCUAUUUCCCUUGUAGCUUUGAACUGAGAAUGGUGUUGACUGGUGUGCAAUAUUACAACAUGGUCUCCUUUUUUGUAUUUUAGUAUGUGCAGCAUUUAUCUCUCGUACAGAUUAUGAAAUAAACAUGAAUUUAAGAUAAGUGUAUUGUAAUGUACUGUAUUUAAUGAAAUACAGUGGUGUGAAAAAG